AUGGCGCGCGGCAACCAGAGAGAAAAGGCUCGUGAGAAGAACCUCAAGGAGCAAGCCUCUCAAAAGAAGAAGAACACACUGUCUGGUACCGAGUUUCAACGUACGAAAGAGCAACAAGCCGCCAUCAUGCGCGAGAAACAGGCAAAAGCCGAGGCCGCCAAAGCAGCAGCCGCUGGGGGAAAGAAGUAA